AUGAGCAAGAUCGCUCCGAGUUCACCGAAAAUGCCAUCGCCACGACCUGCCUCAAGACGCAUUCGGACAAUCAGUUGGGCGGACCAGAUUCCAAAGCAAGCCGCAGAGUCACCGCCACCAUCAUCUGAUCCCGAUGUUGGGGGAGUGCAAACAAAGCACAGCUCCGAAAUCGUACCACUGUUUGUGCAAGAAGACCUCGAUAGCUCCCCGAGCAGCUCGACACUCUCCCUCAACUCACCUUUCUCUUCUAGCCCGCACCUCCCUACACAACCUCGCACACAACAAACCGACAUCGCUAACAUUAUGCCAACUAGUCUCCACGACCUCUCUCCAUUUAAAGGCAAAUCCCUCUGGGAACCCGACGACGAUGAAUGGGCUGAGCUAGACGCUACCCACAUCUCCUCCACUUUCAGAGCGACCUUCAAAGACUCCAGUCAAAACAGUCCGCAAAAUCCAACAAACACCAGCACUCUAUUCCCCUUCAGCGCCACACUGGCCUUCUUCCUCCCCUCCUCCUCCACAAAACGCGCUUCCGACGCCGUCCUCCGCGAAGAAGAAGCCCUGCGAAACAAAUUGGAUGAACUGCAAAAUACAUACUACUCCAACCCCGCCGGAGACCUCUGCGACAAAGUCAUGACCUCUGUUUUCCUGCCUGGCUCCCAGUACUUCCACUAUGACAAAACCGGAGAUUUCGUCCGCGCUCCCCACGUCAUCGACCUUGAGGCCUACUUCAAUACUCAAGACCCGCUGGUCGGAGCCGCGUACCCGCGUCUCAGCGACGCUAUCGCCACGGUCCUCAGUCACGCUGAUAGAGAGUGUGUAGAAGCUUUUCUGGACCCCCGGGUAGACGAGUUUGUGUAUCGGCGAGAGUUGGAUAGGAAUAAAGCGGGGAGUAUUUUGGUUGUUAGGCGGAAGGGAAAUGCGGUUGUCGCAGGCACUUACCGCAACCUAGGUUUCUCCCUCUCCUGGACCCUCUACGUCAAAGCCAUGAUCGGCGCAACAGGACUAUGGUACGACACUUACGCGUCACCCGUAGCAGGCUCGACACCGAUCGUCGAUGGCGUACCGGCUUGGGACACUUUCAUACCCAUUGGCACCGAAGACCCAUGCCUCCAACUGUCAUCCGAGCCCAACCCGACUCAGCCCAACAGAUCGCCCAGCAAGAUUGUCCUAGCCAUUCCUAGUCCGCAGAAGAAAGAGGUAGAGGAUGAAUAUGAUGACAUUAGUCCGACGAAUGAGAAGUUUGUGCUGUAUCAAAGUAGGACGCUUGCGAGGUAUCUAUUGAGGGAUGUUUGGGUUCGGUUCGAGGGGAGGUGGGAGUGUAAGGCUACGUGGGAGGUUGAUGGGGUGGGGAAGGAGGUUAGACUGAUGAGAACGUUGGUGGGGUUUGGGGAAGAAGAAGAUGAGUAG